GAUAAAAAUCUCCGCAGAGGAAGAAGAGCAGGAGAAAACUACAGAAAAUGGUAGGACCAGAGAGACCUCUCUUCGUUCUCUUUGGUUCCUCCAUUGUUCAGUUUGGUUUCUCCAGUCAAGGAUGGGCCGCUAUUCUCUCCGAUCUUUACUCCCGCAAGGCUGAUAUAGUGUUGCGAGGAUAUGCUGGUUGGAAUUCAAGACUUGCCGUACAGGUUUUAGAUCAAGUUUUUCCAAAGGAUGCUUCUAGGCAACCUUCAUUAGUAAUCGUUUAUUUUGGCGGGAAUGAUUCAAUUCACCCCCUCCCGUCUGGGCUUGGUCCUCAUGUUCCAUUGCCAGAAUAUGUUGAUAACAUGAGGAAGAUUGCCAUGCAUCUCAAGAGCCUUUCCAAGGAGACUCAUGUCAUCUUUCUUAGUGCUCCUCCUAUUAAUGAAAAACAAAUUAAGGAAUCACUGAGUGGGAAACUUGGAGGUACAGUACGAACAAAUGAAUCGUGUCGAAUAUAUUCAGAAGCUUGUUUAGAGCUGUGCCAGGAGAUUAACGUGAAGGGAGUUGAUGUUUGGAGUGCAAUCCAGCAGAGGGAUGACUGGUUGGAAUCCUGCUUUAAUUAUUGGCAAUACUUUUUACAGAGAUGGAAUCCAUUUUACAUCAGAGGGGAGCAAGAUAGUGGCAAAAGAAGUAUUGAAGACGAUCAAAGAGGCUGACUGGAAGCCAAGUCUUUACUGGAAGGAAUUGCCCAUUGAGUUUCCAGAUCAUUAUAACGUAAUACUCGGUCCUGGUGGUGAACCUGUGAACAUUUAUAACUUGGAAUUCAACAGAUGUGCAGAAUGGGAAUAGCCAAAUCAAGGUUACUGCAUGAAGUAGCUUAUGAUUUGAUGUUGGAAUCCUGAUUUUCCACUAAAUUUUUAUUUUCUUACUGGCUUCUUAUUUGAAAAUUUUUAUGAAAAUCCACUCUAUUAAGAUCAGAAUUAGAAUUUGUGAUAUUUUUGGUUGUACAUUCUAUUAUAAUCGUUUUUGUCUU